AGGUUAAGGUAUAUCUACUAUAUUGGUGAUGUCGGAUGAUGGUCAUUUGACGUCGCCGAAGACACCCUCUGAUACCGAUAGUAACAGUAAUAGCGGUUCAUUGUUCAGUCGCCAUUAUCCGGAUGAAUUGUUAUCGGACAGCAGUGGAUCGAAGGAUAAUACGCCAUCGUUGUCGAAUAAUGAGAAUUCAUUAAGCCCGAAAUUUCAACCACAGAAAACAGAAACGGUCCCGACUGCACAGCGCCGGCUUCUAAAAGACCUUUUUUCACAAGGUCUCAAGUGUCAGCCGAAAAUCACACAUGAAGAUACAAUUGAUUUGGCCACCAAUGAAGAAAAGUCAAAUUCUGACGAUGAGUGGUUUCUGCAAAAAAUCAAGCCAAGCGGGGCUCACCCUAUUAAUUGUGAUGAAAAUUUUGGAAACUCUCAAGUAGCGCUGGGUACUACACGAACAGACAUACAGAAGUUUUUGAUGAAGCGGUUGGUAAAACUGCGUCGAAAUGGCCAGCAGAAACGUAGAGCGUUGUAUGACGCUGAUAACGGCAUAAUGUUUGACAGAUCGGAUGUAUGCAAGCGUAACGAUAGAGAAAGUAAAGCAUCGGAAUGGAAUUCUGGCGAGAAACCGCGAGAGAAUAGCGCAGUCGUGAAGGAAGAGGAGGAAGAACCUAUAUGCGAUUUGACAGAACACAAAGCGGCUAAAUCGUAUAAUGAUGAUCAGAAGACAGUUAGCCAGGAAGAUGGAAUAAAUGAAAAGAAAAUAAAUAUCGCAAAUGAAAAUAAUGAAACUGGUGGGGAAGUUACAAAGGGAGACACAUCUGACGAAGAUUGGCGGAAGGAUUGGUUGCAGUCGGGAAUAAAAACUUAUGAAAAUCUGAUGAAACGUAAAAAUCAUGCGAGUUAUUAUUUACCAGACAACGAAACAGACUCGUCCAAUUUGUCGGAUGAAACAACAGAUUCGGAAGAAAGCGAUAGAGGUUCAGCCAGUUUGGUGGAUGCACUGUUAAAUGAUGUUGCGGCAAAUUGCUCUGGUAUUUUCGAAUAUCCUGACGACAGCGAGACUGAAGAAUAUAACAAAUUCCGCGAGGUUUUGAUAGAUGUCAAUGGUGAUGACGACAUGUAUGACGAAGAUGAAUUAAUCAAACGAAAUAGAAAACCUAGAAAGCGCCGCUUAGUAUUCUCACCCGAUGGUAGCGAUGAAGAUGAAAAAAAGGAAUGCGGAGGUGCUCCGAAGUCAGUGAAAAAUGUUCAGAAUCCUGAAACUGUCGAUGGAGAUACUGAAGCUCUCCGCAUCUCAGAAUACAAGAAAGAAAGUAGCUCUGAUUAUGUUAAUGCUGCGUUAAGCGGAAGCGAUAAGUUCAAGGUUAUUGAAAAGGACAACCUUCUGCUCAGUGACAGAGGUAAUGGUCAUAAGGGAGAUGUAAUUCAAUCGAUUGAUGAAGCAUACGACGAGGAGGGUCAGCAGGUUGAAGGGACGGAAGAAGCAGGUUCUAGUGAUGAUGAACUGGAAGUAUUUCGUAAAUUGGAGAUGGCACGGAAACGGCGAAAGAGACUCGAAUAUAUCGACGAAGAGGCUUCAUUAUCAGGGGAUGACGUAGGAAGUGAUGAAAAUGAUGAUGAAGAUCAGCUGGAUGUUUAUGAGGCUGAGGAGGGAGAUAAUGAUGAGCUUCCAGACGAUGAAACCAUUCGAGAACAACUUCAUAAACAGUGGUUAAAACAGCAACAAGAUGAGGAGAAUAGAAAGCUGUUGUAUUGGAAGGAUAAGCUUCUUGUUGAUGGCGAUCUAACGGACGAAACAGAUCGCACUUUCCGCUUCAAAUUACGUCUAGCAAAAAGCGAGAAUGCAGAUAAAGAUAAAGAAAUUGAUAACAUAACUGUCGACACUGAAAAUGUUGAAAUCGAUGACGAUGAGUUGUGCAAAAGACGUCGGGAAAUAUCGAAAUGGAAGUUAGAGGAAAGGAAAGCUGAGUUGCAUGUUGAAAGCACUCCAGUGAAGGAAAUAAAUCCGUUAUUGAAGGCUGCUUCAAAUGUCAUCACUAAAGGAGGUUUGGGCGAGAACAAUCGGUCGCACGAAAGGGUAAACGCUUCACUUUGUAAGAAUUCUCUUUUGCAUCAUCGCAAAUCCUUAUCUCAGGUGUUGAAUCAGACGAAGAUUACGCUAUAUACGAAAUCUGCGAGUCCUAUUAGUGCCCAUGCAAAUGAACUUACGAAGGAGCAGAAUGUUGUCAAAAACAAUAAUCAGGAAGCCGCUAUCAAGUCGGGAAAUACGAUGCGCCGAUCUUCGCAUACGUCACCACAAUGAAUUCCUUUUAUUUUAUUCAGAAGAUUAGGAGUUUCCAGUACGAACUUUGUUGAACAUUAUUUCCAUCAAGCCUCUCAACUGUACAUUUUGUUUCCUCUUUUAGUGUAAUCGAACUGUAUAUACAGAUAACCAUAUAUAUAAAUCACAAAUAGGUAAUAGCAUCCAGAUCGCGGUUAAAGGUGUUACAUUUCUAGCCGCAAAAACUACUGAAGGAUACGUACUUCCCGAGAAUGAUUCAUUAAU